GCCUGCGCAAUGCGGCGGCCCGCUUCCCUGCAGCGCUGAGCCAGCCGGGACGGGCAUGCGCGGGAGGCUGCAGAGGGGGCAGCUGUGGCUCAGACGAGGGAAUGAAAGUGUCUGGUUAACCGGCUCUCCGGAAGCUUGAGGACACUUUGGACGAAGACACAAUGUCAUCAGCAGGCGUUGCUGCUCAGGAGAUUAGAGCCCCACUGAAAACUGGAUUUCUGAGUAAUGGCCAAGCCAUGGGGAAUCUGAAGACCUGCUGGAACAGCCAGAGCGAGUUUGAAAACAAUUUUUUUGGCAUCGAUUCAAUAAGCAUGGCCUACAGUCUGAAUUCGACCGCCCAGCAGCACCUGACAUCCUUAGGGCCCGUUUCCAAGUCAGUCCCAAAGAGUGGCCACUGCUGUGCAGAGAAUGGCUUCAAAGUUCCAACUAAGAAGUCCAGUUUGCCUCCCCUCGUCAUCCCCAACAGUGAGCAUUCCGGGGGGCACGAAGACGAACAAGUCGUUUCCGGAUUUAAGAAACUCUCAGUAAACGGGAGCUGCACAUCUCCCAGGAGUCCACCUCUCACCCCCCUAAAAAACGGUCUUUCCUUGUUCCCCCCCGGGGAGAGGGGCUCCCGGCCGCUCCCCCCGCUGCCGAUUUCCGAAGACCUCUCCCCGGACGACGCGGACUGCGAGGUGGAAUUCCUGACUAGUUCGGACACGGACUUACUCCUAGAAGACUGUGCCCUCUCCGCUUUCAAAUACGGGGUUCCGGGCAGGCGGAGCUUCCGGGGGUGCGGCCAGAUUAACUACGCAUACUUUGACACCCCGGCGGGGCCUGCGCUGGAAGAUGGGGGCGAAGCGGCUGACCCGAACGGAUGUGUACAAACCUCAAAUCCCCUCUUACCGCAAAGCCACCGGAGAUUACGGAGGUCCCACUCGGGGCCGGCCGGAUCGUUCCACAAGCCGGCAAUAAGGAUAUCUAGCCAUUUACACCGAGCGUCUCCCAACUCGGAUGAAGACAAACCCGAGGUCCCCCCGAGAGUCCCCAUACCCCCUCGGCCAGUGAAGCCGGAUUACAGAAGGUGGUCGGCGGAGGUGACUUCUAGCACGUACAGCGACGAGGACCGGCCCCCGAAGGUCCCCCCCAGAGAACCCUUAUCCCGGAGUAAUUCGCGCACACCAAGCCCCAAAAGCCUUCCAUCAUACCUCAACGGGGUCAUGCCCCCUACCCAGAGCUUUGCCCCCGACCCCAAAUAUGUCAGUAGCAAAGCCCUUCAAAGACAGAACAGUGAAGGAGCUGCCAGUAAGGUCCCUUGCAUUCUGCCCAUCAUUGAAAACGGAAAGAAGGUUAGUUCCACGCAUUACUAUCUGCUCCCCGAGAGGCCCCCGUAUCUGGACAAAUACGAGAAGUUCUUUAGGGAAGCGGAGGAAACUGGUCCCAGCCCCCAAGGGCAGCCUUGGGCCGGAGACUGUGGGGUCGUUUCAGCUCCAGAGAAGCCGGACUCCAAAUCUAAGACAGACCUAGGCAGCCAUGUGAAACGCAAACACUUAUCCUAUGUGGUUUCUCCGUAGGCUAUUGGAACGUCAUUCAGCACAGGUCAUGAGGGAGGCGAUAGUUCUUGAAAGCGUUUUUGAAUUUUGUCGAGAUCUACGGAAAAAAAAAAAAACUCUCAAUGCUACGCUAUGUAAACAGUUAUCUCUGUCCUGAGGAGAAUGUGGAAAACCAAUGUAAAAGUGCUCUUCUGUUGAUUAGUCCUGGGUUAUCUUUGAAGAGAAAUCUUUCUAUUCAAGUCUGUGUAACUUAAAGAUGUGAU